AUGGCUGUUACGACCGCAACCGUCCUCAGCUCAGCGGACGACCGAGAAAAUGUGCAUAUCGACAUUGAUGACGUCGAGUUGAAGGCGCAGGGCUACGACCGGGCCAUGCCUCGGCGGUUCAAUCUUCUUUCUCUGAUCGCCAUGUCCUACGCUCUGCUUGCAACCUGGAACGGCUUUGGAAGUGCCUUUGGGACUGGAUUUACGGAGGCCUCUUCUGCCGGUUCCAUCUGGACCCUCACAAUCGCUGGGUUGAUGACAGCCGUGACCGGCAUUGGCAUGGCUGAAUUGGCCAGCGCAUACCCUGUUGCCGGCGCACAGUACUAUUGGUCUUAUGUGGUUUCGACUCCCGAUUCCGCGGGUAUCAGUACAUUGGGAUGGUGGCUGGGCCUUGCCAGCGUGACAAACUUCGUUGCAUCGAUGAUUACAGGAAUUGCUGUUCUCAACCAUCCAGAUUAUGUCAUUGAGAGGUGGCAUAUCUGGUUGUUAUUUGUGGCUGUCACUUGGUUAGCCAUUGGGUUGAACGUAUUCGGGACGAGAUGGCUUCCUCUGUGGAACAGGUUUAUCCUUGUCUUCUCGGCGAUAACGUUGGUUGUCACGAUGAUCACGAUCUUGGCUUGCGCUGCUCCCAAAUUCCAGUCUGCCAAAUUUGUUUUCUCCGACACGACCAACUCGACGGGCUGGCCUGACGACGGGUUCGCGUUCCUCCUGUGUCUUGUGAAUGCUCUCUAUGGUUUUCUCGGCGUAGACUGCGGGGCGCAUCUCUGCGAAGAGAUUCCAAGACCUACCGUCAAUGUGCCCAAAGUGAUUAUGUACCCAGUUUUGAUGGGAUUCGUCACUUGUUUCCCCUACGCGAUCUCACUGUCAUUCGUGAUUACCGAUUUUGAAAAAGUCAUUUCCACGCCGACCGGCCUCCCACUCAUCGAAGUCUAUUACCAGGCGACCGGUAGUAAAGCUGGCACUACAAUCCUCAUGGUGGCAUUUGCGAUAUGCUUCUUUGGGUGUGCCACAGCUAGUGCUACGAGUGCCAGCCGUCAGAUGUGGUCCGCCUCGAGGGACAACUGUUUCCCUUUUGCAAAAUAUUGGAAACAAAUCCAUCCUCGGUGGCAGAUGCCGGUGAACGCAGUAUGUCUCGAAGGCACUUUUGUUACGCUUUACGGAUUGAUCUACCUGGGGUCGUCAGCUGCAUUCUCUUCCAUGGUGGGCGCUUGCAUAGUUUUCCAAACGACCAGCUACGUCGUUCCGCAAGGCAUCCUGGCGUGGCGAGGAAGGGACAAAGUCUUACCUCCGAGAGCAUUGAAUCUCGGCAAAUUCGGCCUUCCGCUGAAUGUCCUCGCUUGCGUCUGGGUCGUGUUCAUCGAUAUCAUUUACUGCAUCCCAGUAUUCCGGCCGGUCACAGUCGAAAAUAUGAAUUGGAUCAGCGUGGUGAUUGUGGGUCUGGUGGCCUUCCUCCUACUCAACUGGGUGGUCUACCAGCGACACGUCUUCAAAGGCCCGAGUCUCAAUCUGGAGCUGCUUCAAGCGGCACGUCACGAUGAGCUGCUUGGACACCGGGAGAUCGAGGGGGUGGCUGUGGCAGAUGAAGAUGGAAUUCUCGAGGCACUCAGGCAGCGCUCCAUUUCUCAGGAUAAGAAGCUCUAG